UCAAAUCUGUAAACAAAUCCACCACGAGGACGAAAAACUAAAAAACAUGAAGAUUUUACGCUCUAAGCGCGUGAGUAAAACCCUGAGCUUCUAUGCAAACAAUUUUGGUUUCCGAAAGCCUUAUCAAGUUUUACUUGACGGAACAAUGUGCUUUUACGCUUUGAAGAACAAGGUCAAUCUCCAAGAGCAGCUGCCAAAAUAUUUUGGUGCUGAAGUCAAAUUGCUGACCACCCCAUGUGUCAUAAUUGAGGCAGAAAAACUAGGUCCAGCUCUCUUUGGUGCAACACUAAUUGCUAAGCAAUUUCCCACACAUCGCUGUGGUCACGACGGAAAUCCUGUUUCUGGUUCUAAAUGUCUUCGUUCUAUGGUCAACAAAAAUAACAAGGACAGAUAUAUCAUUGGCACCCAGGACAGAGAGUUGCAGGAAAAGCUCAGAUUAGUGCCUGGAGCGCCCCUUCUUUACAUUCACAACAAAGCCCCGACCCUUGAAGCUCCAUCCGCUGCAAGCACCAAGAGAUCAGAGAAAAUAAGCCAGCAAAAGUUUUUGCCUGAAAAGCAGUCCGGAGAAAGUGUGGCGGAAAUCAAGCGACGAGUCCUGGGAAUUGAAGAGAAUACAGAAAAAAUUUUCAAGAAGAAAAUCAAAGGCCCAAAUCCUCUUUCUUGCAAGAAAAAGAAAAAGGCUGCAGAACUGAACCUUCCAGCGCCAGCAACAGUGAGUGAAGGACAAGUCAAAAAGAAAAGAACAAGGAAAAGAGUUAAAAUCCCUCAGCAUGUCAAAGAACACAUUAAAUUGCAGGUUGAAAAAUCGUGAA